AUGGUCGAUGAUGCAGCAAUGGAUAGUCAAGAUGCAGUAGCUCAUGCAGCAGGCAAUGGUCGUUUGGAUUUGGUCCAAUGGUAUUGCAACAUGAAAGGUCCGCAUGCUUUCGGAUGGAAUGUCAUGGAUGACGCAUUAGCACAGAAUCAGAUGAAAGUGGUGCAAUUUCUAGACUGUGUAUUGGGCAACCGAUGUACUCGACGAGGGCUGGAAAAAGCGGCUUUACACGGACAUUUGAAAGUCGUCCAAUGGCUCAAUAACUUACGAUAUUACGAGAUCAAAACGUUCAGGACUCUGGAAAAUGUGAUUGCAGGAGGACUCUUGCACGUUGUGAAAUAUGUGAUGGAAACGGUGGUGGUGGUGGCUUAUACGUCGUGGAUGCAGGCAGCAUUGACUGCUGCAGUUAUGUAUGGACAGUGUCAGAUUUUACAAUGGCUUCAUGAUCGGGCGUCAGUGAAAGCUGCUGUGCUGGCUUCCUGGACCCCAUUACCAUGUGAAUGUCUCCUGAAGGCGAGAAACAGCUCGUCGUGGAGUUGA